CCGAGAUUGGCUUGGCGGUUGAUAGCGGCUCCAGUUCAUGAGCGAAGGAGUGGUUUGCGACGAUUAGCUUCUCACAACAACGAGAACAUCUUGAUGUCUGCAUUAUGCUCCUCUCGAGUGAAGACGAAGAGUUGCAUCCGCUUGCUUGUCCGCUUUCUAGUUGGUCUGAUUUAUCUCUUUGUUCUGUGGUCCUCCAGUUUGUUUUCAUUUCAGCAAUCGCGCCUACGAUACGAGACUGGCUUCAAAAACGGGAUCAACUACAUACUAGCAAGCGCGCAGGAGGUGCCUUGGUUUGUCGAUUUCGACUGUCGGUACCAGCAUAGCUCGAUUAUACCUGGUCUGCGUUGGUCACGCUGGAUUGGGUCGAUCGAGGCUCUGCAUAAGCAGGGUUAUGGGACUUACAUCGACGUUUUGACGUCCGUCUCUGCGCAGUACAUCCACAGAAUCGACGAUGCGUUGGAGGCCAACUUCGACCUCCGAUUUCCCCUUGGAGAUGAGUGCGCUCUUGGCAUGCUCUUUUACUACUCGGCACGUUUGCACUGGUGCUUCUCGCAGGUAAGGGAGCACAUGGGCAUAUCGAAGGACGUGCCCGAACAGUACCUCGCGGACGCAGACAUAGACGGCCUGUCCGAAGGCGAGCUGCACGCACUGUCCAUUUUAGAUUAAGGCUAGCUUAUUCGUAUGCCUAUCCCGUGUGAAGUAAGUACUUAUGCUAAGUGGAGUCCUCCUUGAUUUCAAGGAGAAAAUAAGUGAGCUAGAGGGCAACUCACUCAAACAGGCAUAGCGAAAAACUAGCGUUAAUUAGAACAGGAACAGCGCAAUUGUUGGGCGGCAUCGGAUGCUAAGGGGCAGAUGGUCGAGAUGUUCGCUCGGUGGCCAAUGCGAGUAGUACUAGCAUCGAAAUGGCCGUUUGUCCUCUUUUUAAUGCACGAAGAGGUCAUACGGAAUGCUCGCAUCAGUCGGUUCUGGAAAGAGGACCCAUUCAUCAACUGCAAAAUGGAUAUCGGAGACCUCACAGAAGGCAGAUAUGGCUAGUGACAAUUGUGCUACAUGCCGGUCCAUUUUCCAUCGACUUAGACUCUACUAUUGCCAAGACAUGAGAUGAAGAUGAUGAAAAUUACAAGUAGCAACACAAACGCUUAUAUCCAUCCGGGCAAUUAUAAUAUGAAUAUCUUUUUUAGUGUUCACCUUCGUUCAUAAUUGUGGCAAGGAGGAAGAGCUGAUGGAUCGACAUCGAAAGCUGCUCGAGAAGAAUCCGUUGCGGUCGCGCUCUUUCUACCUCGAAACACGAAAUUACACGCAGGGGUCCGGAAAUUUUUCUGCACUGUUGAACUUUUUCUGGGAUUCUGAGAGACGCGAGAACUAUGCGAUGGAGCAAGUUGAAUGGCAUAAGGUUAAGGCUAGCUCUCGCAUCCCACGUGGACUAUGUAUGAUCUAAUUUAAAUUUCAAUAAUAUGCUGAGAAGUGGCGACGUUGGCGUUCCGUUCUUCUUCAUUUAAAGAAGGGGCUGAAGCGAAGGGAAAUAGAGGUUAAAAGGGGCGGAAGGGAAGGGAAAUAAAGGUUAAAAGGGGCAUAACUCACUCAUCCACGCAUAGUGAGAAAGUAGCGCUAAUAAAGGCGUGUUUCAGUACAUCUACCAGAAGGACAGCGACAGAGAGAUUGAAGCUUGCCCGCAUGCGUUUGCGUUUUUGAUUUUACUGCGCAUGCAAAUGUGCAUGCUGACUGAAAGCGCGUACUUCGUGGAGCGGGAGUACAACUAUGCCAUUAUGAUUCGCCGGGUGGAGAUGGGAGACUUGAUUUUUUCGAAAUGGCCAGUUUUUGCGAUGCUCUGGUCUUUGAAAUCUACAGUACGACACGAUUUCGACCUAGCGCUUCACUUACAUGAGCUGCUGGAUGCGCGCUCGUUUGUGGAGGAGGUCUCGACCCAAAAUUUGAUUCCCGAACUCAACGCCAAAGCAACAAAUGUCGACGGAAACCGCUUACUGCGCCAUCACCUGGUAAACGCAAAGAAAAGCAUCAUCUAUUUCUUGCCCAAAGAUAGUGCUGGAAGCGGAAAUAGACUUGACGUGUCAUCAGCUACCGUGCCUUCUGAAACUGGGCUAGUAGAAGAAAGCAGUUCAUCGGCGGAUCAAAUUAGUUACAAGAUGAAGUUCGGACCCGAAGGCAAUCGAAUAUUUGAGGGCAUACCAAGCGCGCUGGUCGUUAAUACAAGCUUCCUAGAGGACCCGGUAGUGCAACGCCGCGUGGUUCAAAUCAAAACGUUUUCCGAGAAGGAGCGAGCUGUGGGUAGUACGGCAAGAGUAGAACAACAAGAGGAGGAAAUAUUCGUGCCAGUGGAUGCUGUGUUAGGGGAUGAUGAGCAAGACAGCACAUCGGAUCAUACAGAAGCCGUGACGGUGCGGCAGAAACUGUGGGGUGGAGAGACGCCUAUUUCGCAGAGUCUCGCUUACCUGUCUCAGCGUGGAUCAGAUCUCCAUCGGCGAGUCUUCUCUGCCUUGGCCAGAUUACCAGACAUUUGGUGGGAUGAUGCCAGAAAAGAACAAGCUUUACGCGACUGGACCAGUCUCAGAGGAGGAAAGAAUGUUGAGGUUAAUACCGACGAAGCGCAACAAGAAGGUCAAUCCGAUACAGAGAAGAUUUCCGAUCAUGCAUCCAGUAUGACAUCCUACACAGGCAAAACGCUUCAAAGAAAGCGGGAUUACGCAUUAGAGGACUUCGAUUCGCUCCCCAACGAGGGUUUGGCCUUUACGGUCAUGGUGUGGGGCGAGAAGUUUUCCCGCUACUUAGAGCAGUUUGUCUUACGUUUCCGCGAAACGGUGAAGCGUGACAACUUGCUGGUUUUCGCCAUGGACAAAGUCGCAUACCGCGAGUGCCGACGUGCUUAUUUAAGUCAUAAGUCUUGUUUCGAUGCAGCUGCUUGGAGCUUCAUUUAUAAUACAUUCCCUCCAAGAUGCUCUGCGUCUGCCUGCUGGAGCUCCAUUUUCAUGCUUAUCAUGUCCUUCUCACAUUCUCAUUGACAUCUGCAUCACGAAGGUGCUACCUGUAGAAAGGCUCUUAGGCCCUAAUGAAUAUAACUUCUCUGAUCUCUCUGUCUUAUGCGUCUAUCUAAGCCUGCGCCGCAUUGAUGCUUCACGCUCCUCCAGUAUGGAGACUUUUUUCAAGCGGAAACUGACUUAUGAGGAGGUACACGAAGAGCGGAAGGCACGAGAAAAAAAGCUGAAGGAGCGGCACGGCGCAGAAGUGAUCGAAGCGAUGACCGACGACGAGGUGGAUCAACGUGUGCGCGAGUUAGCUCAUGAAGAGCGUGGCGAGAUCAUCGAGACUACAGCUUCUUCAGAGGACGAAAAUGAUCCUAGCGGUAGCUUUCAAAAAGAGAUGGAUAAUCCGGAUUCUACGGAUCCAGAUCCAGUAGCUCCAGCAUGCAUAUUUGGUGACGACGUGCGAACAAUUGUGUCGAAAUUCACGAUUCCUCUCCUGCUGGCAAAAUUUACGAACUGGAACUUUUCUCUAUCCAUCAGACAAGACCCAUCUAGUCCUCACAAGAAAACUGCACUGAUUGACGAAAGUCAGGAUUGUUUUCAUUUUUAGGGAAGUAGAACAAGAACCAGUGGCUUUCUGAGCUCAUAGUACAGGUGUUAAAGAUCUCACUCUUCCCAACAUGUUCAUAAUUAAAUGUUACUGUUUACCAUUCUCGAGCAUCCUCUUCUUCAUAAUUUAUGGUCUUGACAGCCUGUGGAUAGAUUUCGAUGUGUACUUUGUGCAGGAUCCGACGCCGCACCUUCUUGAGGCUCGAGGCCGGGAAAGAGAAAUCUUGAUCUUAAGGCAGCUAAUACUGAUCCCGGAUGGAAGCACUGGCUACAUUUACGAUAGCAGCACUGAUUGAGCAGCCCACGAAGGACAGACACCAGGUAUAACAGUGCCGCAGUAACAACUUAGUACUUCUAAAUAGUACCUCUAUCCCGUGUCACAAAUCAGUGGCACACACUCUAUAACUCUAGCAACAUCAUAAGGGAAGAAAAUAGGACGUUUCAGUCAUGUGAUAUACUACUUCUCUAUGGAAGAUGAACAACAACAAGUAAUGCAGAAUUACGGUCGUGGAGAGCUGCGCUCUAAUGGCAACCGGUAGUUUCGCUUCACAUUGCAUUUGCAAUGGUGUGGUUUACUUCAAGGGGACAGAUCGCGUCGUAGUGUGGCUUUUGGAUGUAAUCAACUGGAUGUACGCCCACCCGUACGAGCAUGAUCAGAAAUGCUUCGCACACUGGUUGGACCACACAUUAUGACUCGAAGCACAGUGAAAUUGAAUGCUAAAUGUUGAUCUAAGUGCAGGAUACUCAUGAAAAAUCGCCAACCUCACUUCUUUGGUCAGAUAAUGUUCUAAAUUCGGAGAUGAGCAUCGUUCUGUAAGAAAAACCUCUCAGAUGGUUAUGAUCUACCAAAACCAAUGGGAAAGCUUUCACAUGCCAAUGAGAAAAUUGUCCAGGAGAGAUCGUCUUCCCGAGGAUCGCACCAAAGGUAUUGCAACCGCAGCAGCUCUAAUCACAGAGCGCGUUACUUUCCGACCGCUGCCACGCUCGGGACCCGUACCACAAUGGGCUUUGCUCGAAUCCGUCCAGAAAUUUGUCACGGCAGCAGUAGUAGAGGGCAACGGCUGGAUGGGAAAUGUAGAUGACAUUGUCCUCUUUCAUUUUAUGGAAACAAGAACUUUUGUAGUACGCGAGAAGAAGACUAUUUAUCUAUACCGAACACAUUUAUACUCAUAAUUGAGCAACAACAACUUCAGCAAGGAGUACAACUUGUACUUGAAUUCUCGUACUCGUCUCUAAUCAGAGGCUCCACGGGGACAGCGACGGGGCAGGCGCGAGCGGAGAAUGGCUGAGGAAUUCCGACUUUUACAAAAACUAUCUCGGUCAACUUGUCAAAGGACACGACUCUACAACGCCGAUAACGAUGAUGGACAUCUUCUUUGGGCAUCCUGAGUCUCAAUUAUUAAGGCUGAUUCACUGGAGCAAGUAGUAAAGUAUCCUGAAACUGAGUCUGAACUAAGAGUGACGAGUCUCUUGUGAUUUUCUCAAUGAAAAAAUAUUGAAGCAGGGAAGGAGCAAGUCCCUGAUCACUCAGUUAAACUGACACAAUAGGAUCAUCAUGAAACAAAUAGAGCUGAGCUAGCGCUACCACUAAUGCUAGCAAGUCCCGAGAUGAAGCUGCGUGCUUUGGAAGCGAGUCAACAAUUCGAGCGGAAGCUGCUUCUUACAGAAACGCAGCACUGUGGGGUCAUGGGUGAACUUGUCACAGAGCAUGACACACUGAAGGAAAAUUUGGCGGAUAAAGAUAAAAUGAUACUCUAGGAGGAGGUCUGCUAGGGUGGACUUGGACAGGUGAUCAUGUUAGGUGGGCUUUUGAGGAAGAUAGAGGAUCAAGAGGGAGAAGAUGAUUCAGAAGGGCGAUAAGGUGUCCAGGAGGGAACAAGCCUCUUACCAAAACAUCACUGGGGAGGGAAAGACAUCUAACGAUUACGAUGCACGAUAGGACAUAGUCAAUGCGCUGAAAAACUUUGAUUGUAGAUUUCUCCAACACUCGAUUGUUUUUGUCAUCAUAACAGGAUACACAGAAGACAACGAAUGAAGAGUUCUUAGAUAAGUUUGAAUUUUUCACUGGAUCUACCAAGGCGGGACGCAUUGCAACCAACUGUCUGCAGCUGCACUCAACAAGAAUAUUUGUAAUUGAAUGUUGUUUUAUCUUCUCAUGCAUGAUGUAUAUGUACCUCUAGCAUGACGAGCACCACCGCUGGAGGCCAUGUUGCCCUCGGGUCGAC